CAGCGUCCCCGACCGGAGCCUUUUCCCGGCCGUGGCGCGCGCUGCCUGCCGGGAUACUCAGCCAGCCCAGUCAGUCCUCCCGGCUUGCGCUGCGGCCGCGAGUUCUGUGUUUCUCCCAAGAUGGUGGCGCUGGGCUCGGGGUGACUGCAGGAAACGACAGGGCCCCUACAACCCGCCCUUCGCUCGCUCGCGCAUCCCGCCGCCACGUAGCCAGCUGCCUGUCUGGCGCCCGACAGCCGCCGCCGCUGCCGCCUUGUGCUUCGCUUCCGCCGAUCCGGCGCUGAAGGCCCCGGGCGGCAGUGCCUCCCUCGGCUUCUCCUGCGGGCCGUCUCUGAACGUCUCGCGGCCUAGCCUCGGGCAGCCGGCCCGCAGCCCCCGGUGUGGACCGGCAGCGGCGCAGCGGCCGCUGGCGACGAGCGUGGGGUCCGCGGCGUCCCUGGCGUUCCCUUUGCCGGCCUCGGCUUCCGGAGAAGAAAGCGCGGGUCCCGCAUGAGCCCCGGCGGUGGCGGCGGCAGCGAAGGGGAACGAGGCGGUGGCGGGCGGAGGCGGCGGGCGAGGGCGACGACGACCAGUGAGGCGGCUGCCGCUGCCAGGACUGCGGCCCAAGCGCGGGGGCGACGGCAGGUUAAAAAUCUGUAAGAACCUGAUUUUAGAAUUCAGCAGCUCAUCAGAAGUUUGGCGAAAUAUGAGUUAUUAAACCUACGCUCAGAUCAAGUUAGCAGCUAGACUGGUGAGACAACCUGUUUUUAAUCAGUGACUCAAAGCUGUGAUCACCCUGAUGUCACCGAAUGGCCACAGCUUGUAAAAGAGAGUUACAGUGGAGGUAAAAGGAGUGGCUUGCAGGAUGGAGAAGCUGCACCCAGUAUUAUUGGAAUGCCAGCAGGUUUAUUUUUUUGUUUUACACGCCUGCUCUGCCUCCUUCCAAUAUGACAUCUGAUGCUGGAGGGUCGCACUUUCAAAAAUGAGUCAGCUGGUACAUGGGGUUAUCAUCAGUUUUUAGCUCUUCUGUCUGGGAGAUACAAGUUUGGAAGCAAUCUUGGGGUACUUACCCACAAGGCUGGUGGAGACCAGAUCACCAGGAGAACCUCAGUCUGACGACAUUGAAGCUAGCCGAAUGAAGCGAGCAGCUGCAAAGCAUCUAAUAGAACGCUACUACCACCAGUUAACUGAGGGCUGUGGAAAUGAGGUCUGCACGAAUGAGUUUUGUGCUUCCUGUCCAACUUUUCUUCGUAUGGAUAACAAUGCAGCAGCUAUUAAGGCCCUCGAGCUUUAUAAGAUUAAUGCAAAACUCUGUGAUCCUCAUCCCUCCAAGAAAGGAGCAAGCUCAGCUUACCUUGAGAACAACUCAAAAAGUGCCCCUAAUAACUGCACUGAGAUAAAAAUGAACAAGAAGGAAGGACAAGGAGCUAGAGAUGAUUUUAAAGAUGUGACUUACCUAACAGAAGAAACGGUAUAUGAAAUUCUUGAAUUAUGUAGAGAGAGAGAGGAUUAUUCUCCUUUAAUCCGUGUUAUUGGAAGAGUUUUUUCUAGUGCUGAAGCAUUGGUACAGAGCUUUCGAAAAGUCAAACAUCACACAAAGGAAGAACUGAAAUCUCUUCAAGGAAGAGAUGAAGACAAGGAUGAAGAUGAAAAGGAAAAAGCUGCAUGCUCUGCUGCUGCUAUGGAAGAAGAUUCAGAAGCAUCCUCCUCAAGGAUAGGUGAUAGCUCACAAGGAGAUAACAACUUACAAAAAUUAGGUCCUGAUGAUGUGUCUGUGGAUAUUGAUGCCAUUAGAAGGGUGUACACCAGAUUGCUCUCUAAUGAAAAAAUAGAAACUGCCUUUCUUAAUGCACUUGUAUACUUGUCACCAAAUGUGGAAUGUGACUUGACAUAUCACAAUGUAUACUCCCGUGAUCCUAAUUAUCUGAAUUUGUUCAUUAUUGUAAUGGAGAAUGGAAAUCUUCAUAGUCCGGAAUAUCUGGAAAUGGCUUUGCCAUUGUUUUGCAAAGCAAUGAGCAAGCUACCCCUUGCAGCCCAAGGAAAACUGGUUAGACUAUGGUCUAGGUACAGUGCAGACCAGAUUCGGAGAAUGAUGGAAACAUUUCAGCAACUCAUUACCUACAAAGUCAUAAGCAAUGAAUUUAAUGGUCGAAAUCUAGUGAAUGAUGAUGAUGCUAUUGUUGCUGCUUCAAAGUGCUUGAAAAUGGUUUACUAUGCAAAUGUAGUUGGAGGGGAAGUGGAUACAAAUCACAAUGAAGAAGAUGAUGAAGAGCCCAUCCCGGAGUCCAGUGAACUGACACUUCAGGAGUUAUUGGGAGAGGAGAGAAGAAACAAGAAAGGUCCUCGAGUAGACCCACUGGAAACUGAACUUGGUGUUAAAACUCUAGAUUGUCGAAAACCACUUAUCCCUUUUGAAGAGUUUAUUAAUGAACCACUGAAUGAUGUUCUAGAAAUGGAUAAAGAUUAUACUUUUUUCAAGGUAGAAACAGAAAACAAAUUCUCUUUUAUGACAUGUCCCUUUAUAUUGAAUGCUGUCACAAAGAAUUUGGGAUUAUAUUAUGACAACAGAAUUCGCAUGUACAGUGAACGAAGAAUCACUGUUCUCUACAGUUUAGUUCAAGGACAGCAGUUGAACCCAUAUUUGAGACUCAAAGUCAGACGUGAUCAUAUCAUAGAUGAUGCUCUCGUCCGGCUAGAGAUGAUCGCUAUGGAAAAUCCUGCAGACUUGAAGAAACAGUUGUAUGUGGAAUUUGAAGGAGAACAAGGAGUUGAUGAGGGAGGUGUUUCCAAAGAAUUUUUUCAGCUGGUUGUGGAGGAAAUCUUCAAUCCAGAUAUUGGUAUGUUCACAUAUGAUGAAUCUACAAAACUGUUUUGGUUUAAUCCAUCUUCUUUUGAAACUGAGGGUCAGUUUACUCUGAUUGGCAUAGUACUGGGUCUGGCUAUUUACAAUAACUGUAUACUGGAUGUACAUUUUCCCAUGGUUGUCUACAGGAAGCUAAUGGGGAAAAAAGGAACUUUUCGUGACUUAGGAGACUCACACCCAGUUCUAUAUCAGAGUUUAAGAGAUUUAUUGGAGUAUGAAGGAAAUGUGGAAGAUGAUAUGAUGAUCACCUUCCAGAUAUCACAGACAGAUCUUUUUGGUAAUCCAAUGAUGUAUGAUCUAAAGGAAAAUGGUGAUAAAAUUCCAAUUACAAAUGAAAACAGGAAGGAAUUUGUCAGUCUCUAUUCUGACUACAUUCUCAAUAAAUCAGUAGAAAAACAGUUCAAGGCCUUUCGGAGAGGUUUUCAUAUGGUGACCAAUGAAUCUCCCUUAAAGUACUUAUUCAGACCAGAGGAAAUUGAAUUGCUUAUUUGUGGAAGCCGGAAUUUAGAUUUCCAAGCACUCGAAGAAACUACAGAAUAUGAUGGUGGCUAUACCAGGGACUCUGUUCUGAUUAGGGAGUUCUGGGAAAUCGUUCAUUCAUUUACAGAUGAGCAGAAAAGACUCUUCUUGCAGUUUACAACAGGCACAGACAGAGCACCUGUGGGAGGACUAGGAAAGUUAAAGAUGAUUAUAGCCAAAAAUGGCCCAGACACAGAAAGGUUACCUACAUCUCAUACUUGCUUUAAUGUCCUUUUACUUCCGGAAUACUCGAGUAAAGAAAAACUUAAAGAGAGAUUGUUGAAGGCCAUCACAUAUGCCAAAGGAUUUGGCAUGCUGUAAAAAAGAAAGAAA